AUGAUGAAUAUUUUUAAAAAAAAGAAGCUUAUAUUAGACGAAGAUGAAGAGGAAAAUGAUUAUAACAAUGAAGACGUGAUAAAUGAUAAUAAUAAAAAAGAAGAAACGGAAGAAAAAAGUAAAAAAUCAGAAGAAGAAUCGAUAAAGGAGUCAGCACAAGAUAUAAAUAAUAGCUUAAUACAAAACAAAGAUAAAUUGAUUGACAAAGGUGAUGAUUCAGGUUUGGAAGAGGAUAAUUCCAAACCCUUGCCGGGAAACCCCGUCGAAGAGAAUAUCGAAUCAGACGGUGGAAAUAAGGUUGUGAAUAAUGAUAAAAACGGAAAAGAAAGCGAAAAUAAUAACGGUGAUAACGAUUCCAAAAAAAAAGUUAUAAAAAAAUUGAGAAAACUGAAAAAGAGUUCCAAUCCACAAAAUAGUGACGAAUCAGAUAUCCAAAAGGAGACAGAAAAACCAAUAAAAGCAUUUAAGUUUAACAAAAAAGAUUUUAUUUUAAAAAAUACUGACUCAAAAAAACAAACACUUGAUAAUGAAAAUCAUACAAUUGAUGAGAAUCAUAAGCUGGAUGAAGUAGACACACAGAAAGAACAAAAGAAAAUGAAAAACGAUAAAAAAAAUAAAAGAAUAAAAAAAGGAAAAGAAGAAAGAAAGGGGAAAGGUGAAAACACAGAGAAAGAAACUGAAGAAGAAAUGAAAAAUGAAAUAGAAGGAGAAAGCGAGGAAAAUGAUCUUUGGGAAAAUAACACACAAAGUGAAAAAGGCGAAACAAAUAGUAAUACAACAAAUGAAAAUGAUGAUUAUGAGGAAAAAAAGGAUAUAACCAAAAAAAAAAAAAAAAAAAAAAAUGAAGAUAAUGUCCCUAUAGAUGGUGCAGUAAAUGAAACGACAAGAAAAAACAAAAAAAUAAAAAAUUCAAAACUAAUGGAAGAUGUAAAAACGGAUGAAGAUAAAAUAAAAUUAAAAUCAAUUUAUAUAUCAUUUUUAAAAAAGGAAUAUAAUAUCGAAGAAUAUAUUUUUGAAAGUUUAAAGGUUAUAAUUCCUUUAAAUAAAAAGGACAUAUUUCUAUCUGAAAAUAACAUAAUUUUGGAUAAUAUGGAUAAAAAUGAUGUAAAAAAAAUGGAGCUUUUAUGGUUUGACAAAUUAACUAAAAACAAAAGAAGCAUAAUCAACUGCUUCGUUACACUAAGCAAGUUAGGAUCAUCCUAUAAAAAUAUAGAUGGGGAAGCUGGAAUAAAUGUUAAAACAGAUAGACUAAAAAAAGAUGAAGGAAAAAAAGACGAGGAAAAAGAAGGAAAAAAAGAAGAAGAAAAAGACGAGGAAAAAGAAGGAAAAAAAGAAGAAGAAAAAGAAGAAAAAGAAGAAAAAAAAGACGAAGAAAAAGAAGGAAAAACAGAAGAAGAAAAAAAAGUAGAUAACCCAAAUGAAAAUGAACCUUCCCAAGAUUCUGAAGAAAAAAAUUCUUCAGACCUUAAUAGCAUAUUCUACAAAAAGAAAGAUUUAAUAAUAAUAGAUAAUUUAGUGAAUUUAUGUAACCAACAAAUUAAAGCAGUAAAGGAAUAUGUGUCUUAUUUAAAAAAAAAUAUAUAUGAUAUACCAACUGUAGAGGAUAAUAAUGAGAAGAUAAAAGAAAUGAAUAUAUUAGAACCAAUAAAAAGAAGGGAGUUAUUUUUUUAUUUAAAUUUAUGCAUAUCUAUGAGAUAUGUACAAGAAGAUAUGCCAUGUGUUUAUAUUAUUCCCAAAUCAAUAAAUCCAGAUAUCAGAGGAUUUACUUUACAUCCUAUGUUUUACCAUAUUAAUAAAAAACUAAACGAACAAGAUCCAAAGAAAAAGGUGGAUAUGCUAGUAGACAAUCCAUGGGGAAAAUUAAAAUUAUUAAAAAUGGGAAAACGAAAUGUUAAACCAAAUAAUAGAAGUGUUGGUGGUAAUAAUAACAUUAACAGUUAUAGUAGUGUUAACGGAAAUGAAACAGAACAAAAAUCUUUGAAAAAAAAUGAAAAUAAUGACGAAGAUAAAUUUAUAGAUAAUCCUGAAUUAUCUGUUGCUGAAAAAAGAGAACUAGAAGAAGCAGAAAGAAAAAAAAAAGCUAUAGAAGAAAUGAAAAAAAAAAAGAGAGAAAAAGAUCACAAAAAAACAUUUAAUGUAUAUUCAUUAUUAGAAUCAGCUGCCCAAUACUUUGGAGAAGGACCAAAAUAUUCUAAUCCUAACAUUCAUAAAUUUCACAAAUCAAAUAAUAAUGAUUUAGUAUAUAUAAAACCACCAACUAAUAUUGACGAAAAAAAUAUCUUAAUAAAUUAUUUUCUACAAUUUCCAAGUAUAAAUAAAAAAUUAGAAUAUAGUAAAAGAAGAGUAUAUGCAGAAAAUUAUGGACUUCUCAAAAUUAUUAAAAAUAAUGAUAAUCAUCCAAUCAAUUUUGAAUUAAACGUCCAACCAUGGUUACUGGAUCAAUACAAAGACAUGUGGAAUGUUCAAAAUGAGCUCAACAAAUUUCAAAUAUGGAAUAUGUCGAAUUUAGUAACUGAACAACGAAAGUUUGAGGACACCACCUUUUAUUUCACAAAGGAAGAAUUUACCAAUCAGCUUGACAGCAGCAAAAGUGUUUGUCUAGCAGGAAAGCCAGAAACAUAUUUCGAAGAAAAGGUAGCCAAAACAAACAACGUUAAAGGGGCUGAAGAAAAGGUAGCCAAAGCAAAUGACAUUAAAGGGGCUGAAGAAAAGGUAGCCAAAAUAAACGACAUUAAAGGGGCUGAAGAAAAGGUAGCCAAAAUAAACGACAUUAAAGGGGCUGAAGAAAAGGUAGCCAAAAUAAACGACAUUAAAGGGGGUGAAGAAAAAGUAGCCAAAAUAAACGACAUUAAAGGGGCUGAAGAAAAAGUAGCCAAAAUAAACGACAUUAAAGGAGCUGAAACAAGCGAAAUAAUCACUUCAAAUGGGACAAGGACGAGUUCUGUGGGAACUUUCGAUUUAAAGCAUGGCCCAAGCAAGGACUACGAAGAAAUGAAAAAAAACGAACAACAGUUAACCAAAAAAAUAAAAAAAAUAUGCUCCAAUGAAGACAUCAAACAAAUGAAAUUAACAAAUUUUUUAAGUAAAAAUAAAAUAAAUACUCAAAAUGUAAAAGUGGAAAAUAAAGCAGAAGAAAAAAUAAUUGAGGAAAAUAAGGAGCAAGACAAAGCGGAAAUUAACAGUGAAAAUGAAGAUAUCAAAUAUUUACAAAUACACACAAAAAAAAAAAAAAAAAUACUUGACGAUGACCAAAUUAUGGAACAAAUUAAUGAAAAUCCAAAUGAACAUAAAAGUGAAGCAAAGAAAGAUAACAUUAAUGAAAAUAAUCAAUCUUAUUAUAUAAACAAGAAUAAAGAUUCAUUUAAAAGCAAAAGAGACUAUCAAAAAGAUGACGAAAAAGACUUAGAUGCAGAAAUCCAUAAAACAAAGAACAAGAAAAAAAAAUUAAAUGAAUUUGAUGAAACUCAUGAUGAAGCUAACAAUAUUGAAGACAUUGUUGAAAGACAGAAAUAUUUGGAUGAAAAAAAAAAGAUGAAGCUUGAGAGAAUGAAAAACAUGUUUGAAAUGGAAGCAGAAGAAAGUGAAGAUGAAAAUAUAGAAGAUCCAGAAGAAAGAAGACGAGCACAGAUUCUAAAGAAGGAACAAUAUAACGAAGACGAUUUUGAGGAUGAUGAUCAGUACAACAAUGAAGGCCUUAACGAAUUCAUAAAUAAUGAAGAAUACAAUAGCGAUAAUGAAGUUAUAAAACUAAAAUAUCACGAAGAAAUGGAAAAAUUAGAAGAAGAUAUAUUUUUGAAAAAAUUUACAUAUCAAGGAAAAGAAUUUAAUAAAGAAUUAACAAAUAGAGAAAAACUAGAAUUAGAAAGAGAAAAACAAUUAUUAAAAAAAAAAAAACUUUUAAUAAAUUGUAGUUUAGGUGAUGUCAAAUUUAGUGAUUUUGAAUCUGAUAGUUCAGCUAGCAGUAGUAAAAGUGUCAAAAAAAAAAUUAAAAAUUCGUUGUAUGAACCAUUCAGAGAUAAUGAUGACAUUUUAAAAGCAAAUAAUAAUUAUAUGCAAAUUCCCUAUAAUCGAAGUGAAUUCCCAAAGGAAUAUGACAUUGCAGAUGAAGCCAAAAGGAAGCAAAUCCUUGAAAAAAUUGAUAACGUGAUAUACAGAAAAGAAGUAAAUACAGAUGAAGGGGAAAAAAUAAUAAUUAAAAAAAAACGAAAGAUAAGAUUUCACCAAGAAUUAUCAGACAUAACAGUGACCGAAGAAGAGGAAAAUGAAGAGUAUAAAAAAACGAAAAAAAAAAGCAAAAAAAUAAAUGCUAAUUUAGUUGAGAAUCCAACCAUUACACACAUUUCAAAUAAAAAUAUUAAUCAUAAUAAUAAAGCUUCCAUAAAGUGGAACAAUAAUGUAAAAGACGUUAGUGAAUUGAAUACACCAACCAAUGGUGAAGUUUUUAGUGGAUUUAGAAAGGUGCAGAAUAUUCAGUGA